UGGCACAGUGAGAUCCUAGUGUUCAACCAAAUUGGCAGGGUUUUCUUCAUCCGUUUACUAAACUUUCAUUUAUUGACCUUGCUUUUUGAGCCUUCAGGUCAGGGAACUAAAGAUUAUCUACCACCCUUUUAUCCUAGACAACAUUGGAAACCUAGAAUGACUUAAUAACGUCCCAAAGUCAAAGGCAUGAUUUAAAAAGAAAAUGUGAUCUUCCCCCAUCUCCAUUCUUAACUUAAUCAACCAAUACGAAAUUACACUAGACUUGUAGAGAAUGCUGAGUAUAAAUUAAUGUGAAUAUCUACCAGUUUUGUUAAUUCAGUGUGUUGAGUGAGGCUUUGAAAUAAUGUGGAAAGGAUGUAUUAUAUAAAAUGACUUGUAUUUACUUGAGAGUGUAGAUAACGGGUGAGCAAAUCCGAUUUCCUUGUGGAGUCAGGGAAGAGUGGGCUGUACUUCUCUGAGCACUGCACAGACCACCUCCCUGGCAGAAGUGUCUCUAAAUGACAGCCAGCAAAAUAUUUCCCUCAAAAGGGCCGGGGACAUGCUGCCUUGCUGUGCAUCCACCAGGUACUUAGAUUUCCCUUCAUGGUACCAUUUCUGGUUGGAGGCGAGCAGUGUCAUUCUAGUUCCUGGAAGGGUGAAAGAAGCCAUCCUGUCAAACGGAUCUGUUAAAUUCAUUCAACUUUUUCCUCAUUCAACAGAUGGAGCAGCAUAUUGUAUGGGACGUAUGAAUUCUGACUGUUGGUACUUGUACACUCUGGAUUUCCCAGAGAGCCGGGCCACCAGCCAGCCGGACCAAACCCUGGAAGUCCUGAUGAGCGAGCUCGACCCGGCAGUCAUGGGCCAGUUCCGCGCGAGAGACGGUGUUACCGCGAAGGACGUCACUCGUGAGAGUGGGAUUCGUGACCUGAUACCAGGUUCUGUCAUUGACGCCACGCUGUUCAACCCUUGUGGGUAUUCGAUGAACGGAAUGAAAUCGGAUGGAACUUACUGGACUAUUCACAUCACUCCAGAACCAGAAUUCUCCUAUGUCAGCUUUGAAACAAACUUAAGUCAGACCUCCUACGAUGACCUGAUCAGGAAAGUUGUAGAAGUCUUCAAGCCAGGAAAAUUUGUGACCACCCUGUUUGUAAACCAGAGUUCUAAAUGUCGCACCGUGCUUUCUUCGUCCCAGAAGAUGGAAGGUUUUAAACGUGUUGAUUGUCAGAGUGCUAUGUUCAAUGAUUACAAUUUUGUUUUCACCAGUUUCGCUAAGAAGCAGCAGCAGAGUUGAUUAAGAAAAAUGAAGAAAAGACGCAAAAAGAAAACACACAUAAAAGGUGGUGCUGCCAUUUAGAUACUGAUACCAGGGGCCCUGCUUUCCAUAAACACCACCUUGUAGCUCCAGGAAGCUCUGGAUGGAACAGUAGUGUGAUCAUUUUGAGUCGUGCGCAUCACUGUCCAGGAGCUAGGCUAGGUAUCUUCCAUGCAUGCUCUCUCCUGUGUUUAGCUGCCCUCCACCACUCUCGCUGUGAAAUUGAAGUGCAUGUAGAAAAAACCUCUUACUGUAUGAAACUUUACAACACCUGUGAAAACAGUUCCAUUUGGUUUGCACACAGUGUAAUGUUUCUCCAGGUAUCAUCCAAAAUUCCCCACAGACAAGGCUUUUGUCCUCAUCAAGUAUGGGCCUCAGCCUGACCAUCUGGGACUGUUCUUUGCUGCCAGAAUCUUACAUCCAGUUACCUCCACUUUCUUAUUCUCUACUCAUAGUAUUAAAAUCAAUUUCUACUUCAUACAGACGUUUCUGCAACAGCAAUUACACUUUCCUUCCACGAGUGAGUCCUCUAGAUAAUGACUAUGGCCGUCACUUGGUGCAUUAGCGCUUCAACAGCGCUGUGUCCUUGCUUGUAUUGCUUGUUUUUGUUUCUCACCAUGGUGUUGCCCUCCACCCCCACCCCCAAUAAAGCAGUACCCUGUUACAUUGUGGGUUUGCACUACUCUCAGAGCCCAGAGUGGGAAUGGGAGUGGACCUCGUGCUUCCAAGGUGAAGGGAGUCUGUCCUUCCACUGGCACAGGCUGUUUUUGGAAGAUCCUGACAGAUGGAGUUGAUUGUCAAGGAAGACACACAGAUUGAUACUGAGGUGUGCUGGCAGAAUGCAUGGAAACCACAUGCCUCUGCUCCCCGUUAGAGACCCGCUUUUCACAAGUACCAGGCCCUCACUAACUAGCUAAGCAGUAAUAGAAAAGAAUCUUUACCACUGUUUAUUAGGGGAUGUAAGAUAUUCAGUAAGUCAAGGCAGCUCAAAUGUUCGCCUAGUGUUGACUUUGGCGACCGUGUCCGCCAGUGACGCCCCACAGCUUUGGCUUGGAGGGGACGCGGCAUCUGCCGCCUUGGGGCCUGAAGCACUUUCACUGUGAUGCCCGUACUCCGACUUCCCAUUUCCUGCUCCUGUUCUUGACCAUGGUCUCAUAGAGUCAAGGGGUACUGCUCAGAAAAACAACUAUUCAGCCUGUCAGACAUACACAGUAAGCAGAUGCCAUCCGUAAAACUACAAAAUACAGGCUUUCAAGAGUUGGCAUCUUUAGUUGCAUUUGCAAAUACUGUGAGAUGUAAAACGGCAAGGUGACUAAGUUUUAUAUUUCUUGUCCUUGCAAAAUUUUUUUUAUUCUGGAUUGAUACAGCAGUGUUUUUGGUUCCUUCCGUAUUUACAAAUGAAAUACUUUUUUUAGUGUUUCUAAACAUAAAAUCUACUUGGUUUGAAAUCAAGUGGUCGGAACACUUCAGCCUUUUAUUUUAAGCACGUUGAUCCAGAGUUUCAUUGAAGAAGCUUUCACUCAGUGGGUCGGGUCGGUUCUGUAUUGGCGCUCGGCACCUCAUGGCCGGUGCUGUAAGGACCAACCUGCGCUCAGAAGUGGUUUUGACCUUGAACAGCGUUCUCGUGGAUUGAAUAACCCUUAAUGGCUUGAGGUCUAGUUUUUUUUUCUAGUAGAUUUAAGAUACCUAUCUAAUGUUGGAAAACAAAAAUUUGAAUGGAACAAAGCCUAGAAAAAUGAAAACCAUAGAUUGGAUAGUAAUCUAAAUAGAUCCUAGUAUGUAUGACGGAGGAGGGAGAAUUUUGGUGCCAUUGAUUUCUCUUCAUGGUGUUGGACUUUAAAUCACUUGAAAUGUGUUUCUGUACCACAGUUUAAGCUUCAAUAAAAGUUUGCUUAAUUCAGCAUCUAGUGAUAUUCA